AUGGCCACUAGUGAAUCCUUAAAUGACAGACGACAAAAUCUUCUUCCAAACGAAGUUUCAAAAAACAAAGAAGACAUUCAGUUGAUUUGGCUUGAUGGAAAUAUGAAUGAUUCACAUGAUUAUCUUCUCACUCAAUCAAUGUUAAUCGAACUUAAUUCAGCUGUUCAGUUUUAUUCUCAUUUUCAUCGAUGUCUCGAUUUUAUCAAAUCAAUCAAACAUGAACAAAUCUUUCUUAUUGUUUCUGGUGCUUUUGCUCAACAAAUACUUUUACAAAGUCAUCGUUAUCGACCUUUGGUUGCUAUAUUUAUUUUUUGUUCUAAUCAUCAACAGCAUAUACCAUUGAUGAAAGAAUAUAAUAAAAUUACUGGAAUAUUUACUAAACAACAUGAUUUAUUAGAAGCAAUCAAAGAAAAAAUGAAUUUUGUUGAAAAACAAAUAUUAUCAUUUAGUCUUUUUGAUCAAAAACAAAAAUCAAUGAAAGAUUUAUCACAAGAAUCAGCAUCGUUUCUAUUACAUCAAAUGCUAAUUUAUGUUUUAAAACAAAUGUCACAAGAUGAACAAUCAAAAACUCAAAUGCUCAAUAUGUGUCGUGAUUAUUAUAAGCAGAAUAAACAGGAAUUAAAGAAGAUUGAAGAAUUUCAAAAUACUUAUACUCAUGACAAAGCAAUAGAAUGGUACACAGAUGAAUGUUUUCUUUAUAAACUAUUGAAUAAAGCACUUCGAACUGAAGAUAUUGAAUUACUCUUUAAUUUCCGAUUUUUUAUUAUCGAUUUAUGUUCAGUUAUUGAACAAGAAAAUCAACUUUUGAAAAAUAAAGGAACAUUAACUUUGUAUCGUGGAACACAAAUGUUAAAAGAAGAGUUUGAAAAAAUAAAAGAAAACAUUGGUAAAACUAUCUCAACAAAUGGAUUUUUAUCAACAUCAAGAAAUAUCAAUGUAUCACUUGCAUUUAUUGACAUCAAUUCUGAAUCAAAUGAUUUUGCAUCAGUUUUAUUUGACAUUAAAGCAGAUCCAUUAUUGAAAACAGUGAUUUUUGCUGAUGUUGGAGAUAUAAGUCGCAUGAAAGAUGAAGAAGAAGUUCUUUUUAAUCUCAAUUCACUCUUUAAGAUUGUUUCUGUUUGUUUUGAUCCCGAACUUACUGUAUGGAAAGUACAACUGAUUGCAACUGAUGAAGGUGCAGAAAAAGUAGAAGAAUAUCUUUUAUUAUCGAAAAAAAAGAUGGAAGAAUUGUCACCACUUAUUUAUUUUGGUAGCCUUCUCAUGAAUGAAUUAGGUCAAGUAGAUCGUGCUGGAAAAUAUUUUAAUAUGUUAUUGAAAUCACUUUCACAGGAUCAUCCUGAUAUUGCAGCUGUCUAUAAUAAUAUUGGUAUAGUACAUUAUAAGAGAAAUGAAUAUAAUUUGGCAUUGAAAAACUUCGAGAUAACUUAUGAGAUGCGUCGAAAACAACUACCUUCAGAUCAUCCUCACAUUGCUAGUUCACUCAACAAUAUUGGUAAUAUUUAUAGCGACAAAGGUGAUUUCAAUGCAGCACUCGAUUAUUUGAAACAGGCUUUGACAGCUUACGACAACUGUUAUCCUGGUAAUAAUCUACAAAAAGCAAUGACAAUCGAGUGUAUUGGAAGGGUAUACACGGAUAAAGAAGAUUUCGACUCGGCUCUUACUUAUUUAUUUCGUGCUCUUGACAUGUAUAAACAUGUUCUCCCUGAUCAACACUCUCAGACAGCAAUAUGUCUUGGUACAAUAGGAUCUACUCAUGAGAAGAAAGGUAAUUUAGAUAUUGCUCUGGAUUAUUAUCAACAACAAUUAAAUAUGGAAGAACAAUUUUUACCCUUCGACCAUUCAGAUCUUUCAAUUCAUCUUGGCUGGAUCAUUGGUAUUUAUAAAAAGAUGAAUGAAAUUGACAAAGCUUUAGACUUGUGUCAACAAAAACUUCUUAUUCAAAAAGCGAGAUUGGGUGAAAAUCAUCCUCGUACUGCUCGAACAUUAAUGAUCAUGGCUUAUUUAAUUGAGGACGAUAAUCGAAACGGAGGAUUAAAAUACUAUAAACAAGCUCUAUCUGUAUUGGAGAAAUUCACACCAUCUGAUUAUCAACUCACUUCUCAAUGUUUGACAUCAAUGGCUUGUUUAUAUUCCAAUUAUGAUAUGAUGGAAGAUGCACUACGAUAUCAACUGAAAGCACUUGAAAUUGAUCGCCAAACAUUGUCUUCUGAUCACACUAACAUCGCAAACAGCUUAAGAAAUAUUGGCCUAUGUUAUGAAAAAAUGAACAACUUAUCUGACGCACUUCGUUAUUACAAUGAAAGUCUUUCAAUUUAUCGAGCUAAUUAUGGACCAAAACAUGAAAUGGUGAAGAGAGGUGAAGCAGACAUCGCCAGAUUGAAAGAGAAACAAUUGUCACUCUCAUCUCAUCAAGAAGAAGAAAAAGAAGAAGUAGGAGAAGAAAAUUCAAGCAAUAUGAACUCGACUAUUGUCGUUAAAAGCAGAGCAUGUGCUAUUCUUUGA